CGCGAGAGCGUUUGCUGCUGAUGACGUGGGCAGGCUGAGGGAGAAACAUGGCGGCGGCCGCUGUGGAGCAGGAUAAUAACAGUAUGAAUGGUGAAGAUAGCGGUGUGAAUAAAAGCGAGCCCGGAUCCAGCUGUGCUGAGGGGGUCGGGGGCUGUGUGGAGCAGCAUGUGGCGGAGCUGCUGCAGAGGGAGAUUGGAGGAGACCUGAAGUCUCUGAGGAAAGUUGGGGGGCUUCUGGAGAAACUGACAGCAGAGAACAUGUUACUGGAGGAGCAGGUGUUGACUGUAUCCAGCUCAGUGCCUCUGCGUGUAUCUGCUGCUCUGUCUGCAGCAGAGGAGGCCCGGACGAAGCUGGAGGUCCUGCUCCAGAAGGAGAGGCUCCUGUCCAACACGCUGCAGCAGCAUCUGCAGGGAGCUCAGAGCUGGGCCGACAGCCUAGGACAAACACUUGGACAGCUGGACACGCUGGAAAGGCACAUGAAGUACCUUCAGUGCUUGGCUCGCAUUGAGGAGCUUAGUGACAGUAUUCAGCAGUUCCUGAUGACUAACAGUGUUUGGGAGGCAAUUGGAGCUGUGGGCAAUAUGGCCACUCUAGACAUGGGCCUUCAAGAGUCGGGCUGCUCACAUCUACAAGCAUUCCUUCGAGAAACAUUGCACUUCUGGCACAAGAUCCUGAAAGACAAGCUUGCAAGUGACUUUGAGGAGGUGCUGACACAGCUACACUGGCCGAUAGUCUCUCCCCCGACCCAGUCCCUCUCUCCUCCAGCUAAUGCACAGGAGCUCAACAGCCAGCUGGAGCUCCUGGUGUCUCAGCUCCUCUCCCUGCAGAUGUCUGACGAUCUUAUAUCUGAGAAAAAGGAAUUGCCCACUCGUCCAGGCUUACCACAGACCCCACCACUCUCGCUGCCUAUUCAGAUCAUGCUACUGCCCCUCAGCAAGAGGUUUAGGUAUCAUUUCACUGGGAACCGCCAGACCAACUCACUAAACAAGCCAGAGUGGUAUCUGACCCAAGUUCUUGUGUGGAUGGGCCACAAUUCCCCCUUCAUGGAGGAGAAGAUUCAGCCCAUUCUCGAUCGUGCUGGAGCCAAUGUCAACGCAAAGGUGGAGCUGUGCAGGGGUCUCCUUACUCUGGCUCAGGAGAAACUGACCCACGAUGCCCCUCGGCUGCUGUAUGACGACACCCUGUUUUGCCACCUGGUGGACGAGGUGCUGCAGUUUGAGAAGGAGCUGCGAAGCACACACGCUUACCCCAGCACUUACCCUGGCGCCCUGCCCAUCCUGCUGGAGGAAACUGUCUUCCAAAAGUGGCUCAGUGUGGAGAGAAAAAUGGCAGUGGAGAAGGUGGACGCCAUGCUGUCUACAGAAGGGGCCUGGAGCUCUCAGUACAAAGACAUCACAGAUAUAGAUGAACUGAAAGCACCAGACUGUGCAGAGACUUUUAUGACUCUACUGCUGGUCAUUACAGAUCGGUAUAGAUCUUUACCGUGUCCUCAAGCUCAGCUCAGCUUUCUGGCUCUGCAGAGGGAGCUGGUAGAUGAUUUCCGCAUCCGUCUCACCCAGGUGAUGAAGGAGGAGUCUCGUCAGCCGCUGGGAGCCCGCUAUUGCGCCAUCCUGAACGCUGCCAACUACAUAUCAACAGUUCUCAGUGACUGGGGCGACAAUGUGUUCUUCCUGCAGCUGCAGCAAGCAGCAGUUUCUGUGGGCGAAGAAGUUCUGGGGCCUCUUGGGGUCACAGAGAGUGGACGGCUGGCAUCUCUGGAGGGCUCUUUGUUUGAAGGACUGCUGGCACUUCUUGAGAGGCUGAGAGGGGACAUGCUGGGCCGGCUGCUGGAAGCAGUAAUGAGAGACGUAAAGGAAAAGGCCUACCCUUAUAGCAGGGACAAGUGGAUCUCCUUGCCGUUGCAGUGUGACCAGGCCACCAUGUCAUUGUCCAGCUCAGCGUGUCCCAUGCUGCUGUGCCUGAGGGAUCAUCUACUCCAGCUGCAGCAGCUGCUCUGCCUUCCCUUGUUCCAGAUGUUCUGGCAGGGUCUGGCUGAAAGACUUGACCUCUUCCUGUACCAAGAUGUGAUACUGUAUAACCAUUUUAAUGAGGGUGGUGCUGCGCAGCUCCAGUUUGACAUGACCAGAAACCUCUUCCCAUUGUUCGGACACUACUGCAAGAGACCAGAGAACUUCUUUAAACAUGUGAAGGAAGCCUGCAUCAUCCUGAAUCUGAAGGUUGGACCAGCUCUUUUGCUGUGUGACGUGUUGAAGCAGGCGGAAGAGGGAGUAGAAGAGGAAGAGGCAUCCGUCAGGCCACAGCAGCCCACUCCCGAAUCAGCACUGAACGAGCUAGGUGUGUACAAGCUGUCCGCCAGUGAUGCGCAGAUCCUCCUAAACCUUCGCUCUGCCUGGCUCAACCACUGAGAAGUGUUGAGUGUUCCAGCCUACUAAAGCAGCAUUAAUACCCACACACACUGAAACAUCCAGCAAAGUGUGACAAAUGACACUUCAACACUUCCAUGUCACUCCUAUUUAGGACGAUGCAUUAAAGUUGGACAACAUUCAGUGUUUACAUGAGCUACACAAUACAGCAGAGUACUGUAUUUGUAAUAGUGUGGAUGACGUGUGCAAAAACAGAUUGUGGACCAUAUUCUACCUUAAAUUUUAAUCAUCAUAGUCCGGAUGUGCUAAGAUUGCUGUUUUAAGCGGUCCAAAUCAGCCUUCUGAAUAAUUAUGCAAUGUCAAGUUUUGUUUGUGUUUGAAGAGAAGUGAAAUAAAUUCACAAUGAUUGUGAAAGUCUUUGGUUAAUAACAA